AACAAGAGUGGUUUUAGAGACGUAUGCAGAAGGAAUACAUCAAAUUCAAUCCAGACGGUCAUGGAGUUUUCAUCAUUCAAAACCACAACUCCAAACUAAAACCCUUCAUCUCUUCCCCAAAAAACCCUAGUUUAAUUCCCUCAAAAAACCCUAAUUUCAAUCCCUGAAAACCCCCUCUUUGAAUCAACUACAAUACCCACAAAUACUUCGUUUCUGGGCUUCGAUUUUCCUACAAAAUGACCUCUUUGAAGCCCAUUCUUUCUCACAUCGACAACAUCCCUUCGACUCCCGGAAAAUUCAAGCCGGAAAAAUCAUCUAUGUACUUCCUCCAUCACCGUUUCCGUCUCCACACCACCGUUCCCAGAUUAACCCUCUGGUCCCUCGUUUUUCUCGGCUUAAUCAUGUUGUUCUUUUUAUUGUCGCCUCCUUCCCCCGCCGCCCCUCGUCGCGGCCUCCGUACCACCGCCGCUUACGGUGGAUCGGGUUGGGAGAAUCGGGUCAAGGCGUCUGCUAAAGUUCGUUCACGCAAUGGUCACACAGUUCUCGUCACUGGAGCCGUCGGUUUCGUCGGUGCACACGCGUCGCUCGCUCUCAAACGACGCGGAGAUGGAGUGGUUGGACUCGAUAAUUUCAAUUCCUACUACGACAUUACUCUGAAGAAAUCACGGAAAUCACAACUUCUCGACCGCGCCGGAGUCUUCGUCGUCGACGGCGACAUCAACGACGCCGUUCUCCUCCGGAAGCUCUUCGGCUUAGUCCACUUCACUCACGUCCUCCACCUUGCUGCCCAAGCCGGCGUUAGGUAUGCUAUGGUAAACCCUAAUUCCUACAUUAAAUCCAAUGUAGAUGGCUUUGUGAACCUUCUAGAAGUUUCGAAAUCAACAAACCCACAGCCAGCGAUCAUCUGGGCAUCUUCUAGUUCCGUUUACGGCCUCAAUUCGAAGGUUCCAUUUUCGGAAAAGGAUCGAACUGAUCAACCUGCCAGCCUUUAUGCCGCCACAAAAAAAGCAGGCGAAGAGAUUGCUCAUACUUAUAACCAUAUUUAUGGUCUUUCCAUUACUGGAUUACGUUUCUUUACUGUUUAUGGACCUUGGGGUAGACCAGAUAUGGCUUAUUUCUUUUUCACGAAAGAUAUAUUGAAAAGACGACCGAUUUCAGUAUUCGAAGGGCCUGAUCAUGCUACUGUUGCACGCGAUUUCACCUACAUUGAUGAUAUUGUGAAGGGUUGUUUAUCAGCUCUUGAUACAGCCAAGAAAAGCACCGGAAGUGGAGGGAAGAAGAAGGGUGAGGCACAGUUUAGGAUCAUUAAUUUGGGGAAUACGUCUCCAGUUUCUGUGAAUAAGCUAGUUAGCUUAUUGGAGAAGCUGUUGAAGGUGAAAGCUAAGAAGAAGGUUGUCUUGAUGCCGAGAAAUGGAGACGUACCAUUCACGCAUGCGAACAUUAGUUUGGCGCAUAAGGAGCUUGGAUACAGGCCGACUACGGAUUUGGAAACGGGAUUGAAGAAAUUUGUUAAAUGGUAUCUUGAUUACUAUGGUGCAAAGAAGAAGAAUGCUUGGUGAAGAUGAUCAAGAAAUCUUGGAAAAAGAACAGGUUAUCCUAUGAACCCCCUGCUCAAUUUUAAUCUUCUAUUAUGAUAAAUGCUGCUAUCUUCAUUUGGUUCAAUGAUUGUGCAUUCUUUUUAGGCUCUGUGUUAGAACUUUUCUAACACUUUAGUGGAAGAAUUUAGAUUGAUUUAUGUGUUUCUAGAUAAGGUGAUUGUACAGUCUGUUGACUUAGUUCCAUUCAGAUUUGUACUAAUUGGUGGCUUUCCUUGUUUCCUAUCUAUUUUUAGGUUUAGAAUGAUCUAAAUAACCUAGUUUUUAAGAUUUA